AUGAGUCACUCAAUCCAGUUUAUACUCUGUGGCGAUGCAAAUAUCCACGAUGGCACAGCUCCCGCGCCAUCCUUCGGCUCCGAGCAUCUGUCUCACAAUCUGAAUCCACACGACGUCGUGUCACCUACUUUAAAGCGAAAAUUCGAUAACUACUCUGACUACCCCCAAACCACCGACGAAAACCAGGGUGUUGCUGCCUUGCUGCUGAGUUGGGAGGGCGAGUCAUCAGCCAGAGGCAACGUACUCGAAGUCCAGCGGGUUUUAGAAAACGACUACCGCUUUUGCACGCAAACUUUCGAGAUUCCCUGCGUGGAAAAUCCCAUUACAAAACUCGCAGCACCGCUGGCGGCUUUUCUCGAAAGAGCGAAUCAAAGUCGUCUUCUUGUUAUCUACUACACAGGAUAUGGCUUUCUUGACUCGUCCAUGCAGCUAUGCUGGGCUCGAUCUGCCCAACGUCGCUCGUUCAGACUGAAAUGGGCUGCAAUUUGCCUUAUCUUUGAAUAUACCCGGGCUGAUAUACUUCUUUUGCUGGACACCUAUUUUAAGUUCGAGACUAUUCCCUCUAGCCACGGGUUGAGACAAGUGAUCGCCGCAGGGCAGCAAACUGCCCCAGACUCAUCGAACUUCACAAAGUGUCUUAUUCAAGCGCUCCACGACUUACACAAAAGCCGGACGUUCUUUACUGGACAACUAUUCGCCGACAUGACAGCCAUCGCCAAGGCCAACAACACCAGUCCCUUCAUGAUGACACCCGAUACAAACAAUGAUAUAUAUCUCACUCCAUUACCACAGUAUUGGCCACUAAACACUAAGCAUAGACAUGCUCCUUUUCACAGCGGGCUCUUUGCGCCGAUAGACCUCGCACGCGGUCGCCAAGAUGCCAAUUUAGCAUCGCCGCCUCGAGUCCUCCCUUUAGAAUACAAGAACAGCUACCCGAGUUCGGACUCGAAUUCAGCUUCGCGCUACCUGGGCUACGGAUCAGAUUCUGAAAAUGGACAUGCAAAAGGCCAAAUUCAGUCUAUGGCCGCCUCACGGCUCAAAGGUCGGGACAACUCAGGCAGCGUCGGGAAUGGUGGUACCUGCUACAGGAACGUUCCGUGUUGUUUCUCCUUCGCCGGCUGCAAAACUGAACACAGAGAUCAAUGGGACUGGCGGCGACAUAUUGAAGUGGUACAUCUCCGUUUCGAAAUAUACAGGUGUUUACCCUGUUACGAGAACGGCAAUCUCAAAGAGUACUUCUAUAAACGAAGUCUCACAAAGCAUCUUCGUCGGGUGCAUGAGGGUAGCCACCAAGACAUUGAAAGACACGUGGAUAGUUGCCGACGGACGUGCAGGACACGACCAGAAGCGUUGUCCUGUCCCACGAAAGAGUGUGUCGAAGUCUUCCGCGGUACUUAUGCCUGGGAGCGCUGGACUAAACACGUCUGGUCGCACAUGAUACUUGACCACGAAAUCACUUUCGAAUGCGACACGUUGUUGAUCAACUAUGCGGCAGCUGCAGGCAUCAUCGAGCAACGUCUAAAUGGCAAGUAUGUGCUCUGUCGCUAG